UUGGGGCCCGGACGCGCGCGCGCGCGCCCGCCCGGGCCAGUGACCGGCUCGGGGAUGGACGGCGGCUCUGUCGCGGGCGAAAGGCCGAAGCGCCAGUCUGGUCGCCGGCGCCUCCUGCUCCUCCUGCCCGCGGGCCGCUGCGGAAGCCCGGGCGGCCUCGGAGACCCCGCGCGCAGCGGCCUCUCCCCGAGGCCCGGCGGGCUGGGGGCGCUGCGGCCCCGGCUUCCUUUCCUUUCCAUUCCAGAGCUAAGCCUGUCUGCACGGUGCCUGCAGCUGGAGCACAAAAGGACAGAUUUCACCGCUUCCGGGAAUCGGAAGCUCUACUUUGACACCCAUGCCUUCGUGUGCUUGCUAGAAGAAAAUGGAUUUACAACUCAACAAGCAGAAAUCAUUGUGUCUGCCUUGGUCAAGAUCACGGAGGCCAACACGGACAUCGUUUACAAAGACAUGGUCACCAAGGUGCAGCAGGAGAUCACUCUUCAGCAAAUAAUGUCUAAGAUUGCAAAUGUGAAAAAAGAUAUGAUUAUUUUGGAGAAGAGUGAAUUUUCAGCCCUCAGAGCAGAAAAUGAGAAAAUAAAGCUUGAACUACAUCAGUUGAAACAGCAAGUAACGGAUGAAGUGAUCAAAGUCCGAACAGAUACCAAGUUAGACUUCAAUCUAGAGAAGAGCAGAGUAAAAGAAUUGUAUUCACUGAAUGAAAGGAAGCUGCUGGAAUUGAGGACGGAAAUAGUGGAAUUGCAUGCGCAGCAGGAUCGGGCCCUGACACAGACAGAUAGGAAGAUAGAAACCGAGGUCGCUGGCCUCAAGACCAUGCUCGAAGCGCACAAGCUGGACACAAUCAAGUAUCUAGCAGGGUCUGUCUUUACCUGCCUCACGGUUGCUCUGGGAUUUUAUCGUCUGUGGGUAUAGUGGAAUGUGUAUGUAAAGAAAUUUCUAUAGUUUUGCCUAAAGAAUGCUAAAUUGUUGUCCCUUUUUAUCUUGUUUCAAAUUUUAACCCUGAUUUUGACCUAGUGCAUAUUAUUUAUUUUUAUGAAACUUGUGAGCACAUAACCAAGAUAGUGAGGUCAGAAGUUCCUCAGUUGCUCCUCUCACGGCCUGUGUAACUGAGUGCCGUGGACCCGACACUGAGGAUCGACUGCUCACCCAGGGCACUUGGCCGAGCCAACAGGAAGCGUUGGUGUGAUUCUCUGCAGUGUUACGUCUUUCGUCACCCUGGGGAUUCAGGGCUAGCAUGAAAGGACAUAGUGGCCUCAAGCACUGAAGAAUCGCUGAAACUCAGCCAGUGUGGGCUCCUCUUCACCAGGACCCGUCCUCUGCCAGUGCUGCCUGCGCACUGUGGCCUGUCCCGAGCUCAACUGUGCCUCUCCACCUCGGUGGUGUCCGUCCUCUUAGUAGGUUAGGUCACAAUUAUGUUUAAUGUGCCUUCCACUGAGAAAAUCUUGUUGCCUAAUGAAGCCUUGCAAUUGGAAAGGGAAGUCUUUUACAUCGUGCCUGAUUUCCUUCCUUCCGUUUCUCCCCAUUCUUUCUAUUCCCUUUCCCUCCUGAUGCAGACUAUAACAACACUCUGCCUGUGCCCUCACCUCCCUAGAGCACUCCCUAUUUCUCAGCAUGAAGCUCUCCUUGAGUUUAGGGUUCAAUGACUGCUUUCUUUGGGCCAUCCUUGGCCUGAGAUGCAAGGGAAGCACUGUCUUUCCUUCUCUGAGCUGUCUAGGUGGGGUGCACACUGUUAAUAAUGAAGCCCACGCCAUUAGAGAGUGUGCGUUUGCCUGUGACCAGCUCCGAUUGUACGCCUUCCAUGCAGCGCCGCGCCCGGCAGCAGCCUCACUUCCACUGAUGUCCCUUGCUAUAGAAGAUACCCUCACGGCUACUGUAGCUCAGUAAUGAAAUCCUCCACAAGGCUGGUUUAUUUUGGAGAUGCACAUUUUCAUCUCCUUUGACUGACUGGCUAUGGGCAGGAGUAAGCAAUUUGGGAGUAAUGGCAGACGGCCUUUCUGUCUUUGCCCACAUGCAUGCAUGUGUGGAGGGGUCGCGUGAAGAGCGCUCGCUCAGACUGGUAGAGUGAAUUAUUCAUCGUCACUGCUCAGCAUGUGGGUAAAAUGAAAGUAUUAAGUCACUGCCUUUUUAGAAAACAUUUGUGUAAACCAAAAAUUUUGUGUUCCACACAGGAGAAAAAUCAAAGACCUUUGUAUUCGCUGGUUGCAGUUUCAAAGUGAAAUGUAAUAAUUUAGUAUUUUUCAAGUAGAUCAAACAUUGCCUUAACCACAAGGUCCCAAGAAAGGUGGCACAUCCAGCAGUAUUACAGGGCUCCAGGAGUGGCUGCAUUAGGCCACGUUCAUAACUGCUGGAUGUCACAGAGCUCUGUUUGUCAUGGCUGGAGAAAGGGCCUGAAGGCCAGACACUCUUACCAGGUCAUGCUUCCAAAAGAAAGGUUUCCAGGGGAAGAAGAUACCGCAUACAGUUAUGCUACCAAGCAAACGCUAACCUCGUAUGUGUUAAAAACAGAAGGUGAAGUGUCCUUAUAUCCUGAUUAGAUAUGACUAAAAUAUGCUGGGUGGCAUACUUAACUCUCUUCCCAGUAUCCCCACGCGUCACUUCUCUUGGUGUUUGUGGACCAUGUCAUGCUGUCACUUCACAUGGUCUUUGGGUUUACUACAGAGUAGUAGUAAGGAUAGUGCAGCCUUCUGUGGCUUUGGGAACAGUGGCCCGUCCUGAGUGUGUGGAUGGUGCUACAUUGGCUUCCUCAGUGCUUGGGAUUGUGUUCCCUUCAUUAGCUCCAAGGAGUGUAUUCAAAAAGCGUUGAGCCAGAAAUACCAAGGCACUCUUCGUGCUGCUGCCUUGCACGACUGUGCAUGUCAGCACACCAGGCCUACACACUGUUCACGCCCCCUGUGCUGCCCAGCGCGGAGCGCUCAGGUUGCCCCAGGAAAGAAGCAUGCAGCAGAAGAGGCCUGGCAGAAGCUCAGCAGCAGGCUGUGUCGAGGCCGUGGGGAUUGCCAGCAGGCCUGGUCCAGAGCAGGUGCCCAGCGCAGCCUGGGCAGACAAGCAUGGAAGAGCUACAGCAGAGCAGGAAAUCGAGCCUGCCACCUCCUUCCGUGUGCUGGUCACUGUUCACCUGGCCGGUCCCCUCUUGCUCACUUUUCUCUUGAUCUUCCCCUACCAGUUCAUUUUUCAAGAAUCUCAGCCACAAUUUCACUUUUUCUCCCCAUUUUACUACUAAGCAGAACCUGUUAGAGUGUAUAGUUCUUUGCUGGAAACAGUAGUUUUGAUUUCUGUGUUGGUUUUACUCUCUUAGCUGGUUUUAUUCUCUCUCUCUUGCUGUGUAUGUGUGUGUGUGUGUGUGUGUGUGACCGAGGAUUGAACUCAGGCCCUUGCACUUGCCAGGAAAGCACUUAUUCUACUGAGCCAUCUCCCUGACCUUGGUUUUAUUCUCUAGCUUCAUAGCUAGCAAAGCUCUGUGUGUGUGUGUGUGUGUGUGUGUGUGGUGUGUUUUUCCCCUUAAGUAUGUCAAGCACCUCAGCUAGGAAAUCAAAAGUUCAAGAAGAAAGGCUUGACUCAAACCAGAAGCUUUGCUGAAAUUUGCCUCUGAACACUUUAAAAAUGAAAGGCCCAGGCCAUGGCCAGCACAUCUCCGUGCCUGGCUUACCUCAUCUCAGCCUUUACAUUUCUCUUCCCUCGGGAGCAUGCCAGUGAUCAUCACCGUCCUUCUUGUCCCCUCCCACCCGCUGCCUGUCACUUGCCCGUGUGGCUGUGGCAAGCUUUUCUCUCCCUCUACCCUCAGAGCCUGUGUUCUCAGACCCUCACCACUUUGAAUCAGUAUUUCAUGCUGGAACUCACCUAGAAAGCUGACUUUAGGGACCAGGGAGAUAGCUCAGUAGAAUAAGCGUUUGCCUGGCAAGUGCAAGGGCCUGAGUUCAAUCCCCAGUUCUGCCAAAAAAAAAAAAAAAAAAGCUGACUUUAGCAUUUGUUUAUCAAAUUUGUUGUGACUUUUUUUUGGCACUAAAGUAAAAACAUUAACUGGACAUAAUUUAUUAUGCAGCAUUUAAGAAUUUAUAGUCUUUUAUUGGAAUUUUAUUUGGGAAAUAUGUUUCUACAGAUACAUGCUUAACAUUCCUUCAAUUGUAAGUGGAAUAAUUUCUUAACCCCUUGAUUACCUAAGUAAAUUCAGUUGUAUUGUCUAAAAGUGUAUAAAAUGUUUGUAUCUAAAAUAAAGUAUUUAAUUCUGUGUGA